AUGUGGAGACGUUGCUACAAUGAGCUGAAGGAAGUUUUCACGAUGUUUGCAAAUAACACUCCGAUACAUGGAUUCCAAUAUUUGACGCGCAAAGAUAUUUCCAAACUUGAAAACUGGAUAUGGACUGGUAUAGUAUCAAUUUUCAUCGCAUACAUGUCUUACACAUGUUACAACCUGUACACUGGAUUCUACAGCAAUCCAACGGUGACAACAUUGGUUUCCACCCAUUUUUCAGUGACCAAUAUCCCGUUGCCAGCAAUCGGCAUUUGUAGCAACAACAAAUUAAGUAAAUCGCGCGUAGCAAGUUUUGUUACAGAAUUGUCAAAGCGAUUUAACAAAUCUGAACAAUGGCUCAACAAACAAGUUCUUUGGAUGGGUAGACUUUAUGAUUUCGAAUUAUACGGAGAAGAUCAACGAAUCGAGAUGCAGGAAAUGAUUGAUGUUUUGCUAAAGGAUAAAACAUAUCCCAUUUCAGAUAUUCGGUUCUUGAUGGAUUCCUUGGCCGUUUCUUGUGAUGAUUUGUUGGUAGAAUGUUAUUGGAUGGGCGAGAAACGUAACUGCAAAGAACUUUUUGUUAGACGUUUAACAAACGAUGGCUUCUGCUGCAUGUUCAAUUACAUUAGGCCCAUAAUGAAGUCCGCAGUCAAUGUGCAUAUACCUCCUUUAACGCCAAUAAAUAGCAGCUAUAAAGCAACCAGUUUCGAUUAUAAUAAUGGAUUAAAAAUCUUAAUUAACAACAUGCCAGAAGACUAUUUAUAUUCGGAUCUUAUGUUUGAAGGUGUUUUGGUGCAAAUUUUUCGUCGAGAUAUUUUUCCGGAUAGUUCCAAUGGCGAUGUUACUGAUGUAUUUUGCGGUAUGGGCUACGAAGCGUUCCUGACUCUAACCACGCAACAUAUCAAAGCCGAGGCGCCGCUGAAGAAGUACCCCAAAGAAAUAAGAGGUUGUGUUCUGGAUACGGAAAAAAUAAGUACGUAUGGGACGAAUACGAUGAGCGACUGCUUGGUUGGCUGUAAAAUCAAGGCGAUCUUAGCACUCUGUGGAUGUAUACCUUUCGUAAUCCCAUAUGACGAGCCCCAUACAGUUUGCACUUUGUUAGACAUAGCGUGCUUAAAUAAAUAUAAAGAAAAGAUUAGCACUUUGUAUCCGUAUUCAAUUGAAACAAAUGAUUUAGACCAUGAAAAGGAAGAUUCCAUCAAAUGCGAAUGUUAUCCUUCGUGUUCCAGGACGGAUUACAACGUCCACGCAAAUUACGCACAAUUGAAUCUAAGAAGAAAUAAAUCAUGGGAAAAUACUCAUUCUUUCAUACACAUAUUUUAUGCACAAUCUAUUAUGGACUUAUAUGAAACCGAUGUUGUUAUGUAUUGGUUUGAAUUACUAAGUAAUAUUGGAGGUUUGUGCGGGUUACUCCUUGGUGUCAGUGUAAUUAGCAUAAUAGAAAUGUUCUACUAUUUUCUUAUCUUUUUAUAUAAUAUUUUUACCAUCAGAGGAAAAUAA